AAACCAAAGAGAAGAAUACAAAGCCAUAAUAAUAAUUAGGUAAAACACAAUGCCGAUUGACAGAAUCGCCAUCGGGAGCCCAGGAGAAGCAAGCAAGCCAGACGCACUGAAAGCGGCAACGGCCGAAUUCUUUUCCAUGCUCAUUUUCGUCUUCGCCGGCCAAGGCUCCGGCAUGGCUAUUAUAAUAUGUGGAUUAGGCAAGAUCACCGAUAAUGGGCCGGCAACGCCGGCAGGGCUAAUAGCCGCGUCUCUGUCCCACGCAUUUGCUCUCUUCGUGGCGGUUUCCGCUGCCGCCAACACCUCCGGCGGCCACGUCAACCCGGCGGUGACAUUCGGGGCAUUCGUCGGAGGGAACAUCACUUUGUUGAGAGGGAUCUUGUAUUGGAUUGCUCAAUUGUUGGGAUCAGUCGUGGCUUGCUUGCUCCUCAAGUAUGCCACCGGUGGAUUGCAAACAACAGCUUUUGCGUUGGCUGGAGGAGUGACCGCAUCAAACGCACUAAUUCUGGAGAUCGUGAUGACGUUCGGAUUGGUGUAUACAGUGUAUGCGACGGCAGUAGAUCCAAAGAGAGGGAACAUAGGGGUUUUGGCGCCAAUUGCGAUUGGGUUCGUGGUUGGUGCUAAUAUUUUGGCAGGUGGUGCAUUUGAUGGUGCAUCCAUGAACCCUGCAGUCUCAUUUGGCCCUGGCGUGGUCAGUUGGACCUGGACUCAUCACUGGGUGUAUUGGCUCGGUCCCUUUAUCGGUUCAGCUAUUGCAGCUAUCGUUUAUGACAAUGUGUUCAUAGCUGACUCGAGACAUGAACCACUUCCUACUCGUAAUUAUUGAGAGAAUACAAAUCAAAUUUUAUUCAUAAUAAAGAAAAAAAUUCAUUUAGUUGUUUUAUUUAUUUAUCUUAGACUAUAUGUCUUCUCUUUAUGUUUGUU